AUGACCAAAAAAGUCUUCGGCCGAAUCGUACCUGAAUUUUCUCAGUGCAACGAUUUCUUCUAUAAUGGCAUUCCACCAAGAGGAAUAAAGGGAGAUUACAAGCUGAUAUGCCAGCAGUACAAAAACAAGUACCGCUUUGCCACGCUGUAUAGUCCUAUUUCUUGUGCACCACUGUACUCUGCAUAUAAAGUCAGUCGUUCAGACGCACCAAGGCCCAAAGAUGAAGAAUGGAUGUAUGAACCGCAGUUGAUAGAUGAGAGGCGCAGUGCCGAAAUGCAACCCAUUGAAAAUAUUAAGGUGGAAUACAAUAACCAGGCAUCGCUUUCCGAUUACCAAGGAUCCAUCUACACCAAGGGCCAUCUUGCUCCCAGUCAGCAUCUAGAAACAAAAGAGGACAAAGAGUCUACUUUCACUCUGACAAACGUCGUACCACAACGAGAAGGCUCAAACAAUGGCCAAUGGGCUACAUGGGAGAAAGAAAUACUUAACAUAAAGAACCGCUGUACGGGAGACAUGUAUGUGAUCACUGGAGGAAUACCCUUCAUACCUCCCAAGAAGAUGAAUGACAAGGUGUCUGUACCGGAGUAUAUGUGGUCUGCUUACUGCUGCAAGGAUUUUCAAAACAAUGCUGGGAAUUUACAUUUCCCUACAUAUGCAGCUGUGGGACGCAAUGAUCCCAAUAGUCCUGAAGACAUUGUAAAAAAAGAUUGCAGCUUAAGUAACAAUGAGGUACAUUAUUGUGUUGCCAAGAUGUCCUUAAAGAAUCUGGAGGAAAUCCUUCAAAAAAGGCUAAAUACGAAAAUAACUUUGUUUGAUGGGGAUUGUCAAGCCAGUUCAGUUCUAAACAAACCCACAAAGUUGAAUUCAUGAAUAAAUGUUUGACGACUCGAAAUGUUUCACUUGU